AAAUUCCCCUGGAACCUGUUUCUCAGCUUCCUGGCUCAGCUGGUGCACCCACUGGAGGGAGAGGCCGGGCCAAAGACCCAGGCCUGCCAUGGCCUUGGCCCUGAGCCCACCCCGGCUCCCCAAGCCCAAGAGCAUCCAGCCCUCACACUACUACGAGAGCUUUCUGGAAAAGAAGGGACCCCGAGACCGGGAUUACAAGAAGUUCUGGGCAGGCCUCCAGGGCCUGACUCUUUAUUUCUACAAUAGUAAUCGGGACUCCCAGUACGUGGAGAAGCUAGACCUAGGAGUGUUUGUGAAGCUCAGAGAUGAGGCUCCCUGGGGGAGCUCCCAAGACCCUGGCACCCACUUCUGCUUGGUCCUGCGGAACCAGGAGAUCAAGUUCAAGGUGGAGAGUCUGGAGUCUCGGGAGAUGUGGAAAGGCUUCAUCAUGACGGUGGUGGAGCUCCGUGUCCCAUUCAACCUGACCCUACUUCCCGGACACCUGUACAUGAUGACCGAAGCCCUGGCCAAAGAGGAGGCACGCCGUGCGCUCGAGAUGCCCUCGUGCUUCUUGCAGGUGAGCCGGCUGGAGGCUCAACUGCUCCUGGAGCGCUACCCGGAGUGCGGGAACCUUCUGCUGCGGCCCAGCGGGGACGGCUCUGGUGGCGUGUCGGUCACCACUCGCCAGGCGCUCAACGGGACGCCGGUAGUCCGGCACUACAAGGUGAAGUGCGAGGGCCCCAAGUACGUGAUCGACGUGGAGCAGCCGUUCUCCUGUGCCUCACUAGACGCAGUAGUCAACUAUUUCGUUUCGCACACCAAUAAGGCGCUGGUGCCCUUCCUGCUGGAUGAGGACUACGAGAAAGUGAUAGGUCCUGCACUCCCCAAGCAGCUGCCUCCUGCAUCCAUCACACCUGUGUCCAGCCACAACAAGCUGCCCCCACUACCGAACCAGGAUGAGAACUAUGUGAUCCCCAUUGGAGAUGACCCUGCUGCCAACUACGUGAACGGGGACGUGCCUUCCCCUAGUCGGCCAGUUGUCCAGAAGCCCAGGAAGUUGGCCAAGUUUCAGGCCAAGCCUCCAAAGACACCUGUUAUGCCCAAACCAGAGCCCAAAGGCCUCAACAGUGUCCUGGCAAGGAAGCUGGCAGUCAGCUCAGCACAGGUUUUCUCCCCUACAACAGGGUUGGCAGAUGUGACAGCAGAGCUGGAAGAGAAACUGCAAAGGAGGCGGGCGCUGGAGCACGCAGCUGCGCGCACCGGGGACCAGCAGGCCAACCUCCAAGCAUGACUCAUCAGUCAGGCAGACCCCUCCUCCCAGAAUUAAAGCUCCAGAGACCCCA